AUGGCGUUUUGGUGGCCAUUACUCGUUUUAGCAUUCGCUUACGGUAUCUGUAGGUUCCUUCUCAUGCUCAUUCCUCCCAAGGUUCCUUCCAUCGAUGUUGACGCUUCCGAUGUGUUGGACGAUGGAAACCAAGCACAGGAGAACAGCUUCAUAUAUGUACCUCCGAGGGGAUCAUCGCAGCAAUCUGGCAAGAUAGUUCAGUGCUAUGAGCCAGCAACAAUGAAAUAUUUGGGAUAUGUUCCUGCAUUGACAAUUGAUGAGGUCAAGGAUCGAGUGGCAAAAGUAAGGAAGGCACAAAAAAUGUGGGCAAAGUCCAGCUUCAAGCAAAGACGCUUGUUUUUGCGUAUACUUUUGAAGUAUAUAAUUAAACAUCAAGCACUUAUAUGCGAAAUAUCCUCGCGCGAUACUGGAAAGACAAUGGUAGAUGCCUCUUUAGGAGAAAUAAUGACAACAUGCGAGAAGAUCAAUUGGCUACUGUCAGAGGGCGAGCAGUGGUUAAAGCCUGAAUACCGGUCUUCUGGAAGAUCGAUGCUUCAUAAGAGAGCAAAAGUAGAAUUUCACCCCCUUGGUGUUAUUGGAGCUAUUGUUUCGUGGAAUUAUCCUUUCCAUAAUAUUUUUAAUCCUAUGCUGGCAGCAAUUUUUUCUGGAAAUGGCAUUGUUAUUAAGAUAUCAGAACAUGCAAGUUGGUCUGGGUGCUUUUACUUCCGUAUCAUCCAAUCAGCCCUUGCUGCCAUAGGAGCUCCAGAGGACCUUGUUGAGGUGAUAACAGGGUUUGCUGAAACGGGAGAAGCAUUGGUAUCUUCUGUUGAUAAAGUCAUAUUUGUUGGAUCGCCGGGUGUUGGUAAGAUGAUUAUGAAAACUGCUGCAGAGACGCUUAUACCAGUUACGCUAGAGCUUGGUGGAAAAGAUGCAUUUAUUGUUUGUGAAGACAUAGAUGUGGACCAUGUUGCACAAAUUGCUGUCAGGGCUGUUCUUCAGUCAAGUGGACAGAACUGUGCUGGGGCUGAGCGAUUUUAUGUCCACCGGGAUAUUUAUUCUUCUUUUGUCAGUAAAGUUACCAAAAUCAUAAAAUCUGUUACAACUGGCCCACCACUUGUUGGAAAGUAUGAUAUGGGAGCUUUAUGCAUGCAUGAGCAUUCUGAAAAGCUUGAAAGCCUUGUAAAUGAUGCUUUAGAUAAAGGAGCUGAAAUUGUUGCACGUGGAACUUUGAGACAUAGAGGUGAAGAUGCAGUCGACCAGUAUUUCCCCCCUACUGUGAUUGUGAAUGUGAACCACUCAAUGAGAUUGAUGCAAGAAGAGGCAUUUGGACCAAUCAUGCCAAUAAUGAAGUUUAGCUCAGAUGAGGAGGCUAUCAAGCUUGCAAAUGACUCAAAAUAUGGGCUUGGCUGUGCUGUUUUCUCAGGUAGUCAGAGCCGUGCCAGAGAUAUAGCUUCACAGAUACAUUCCGGGGUAGCUGCAGUUAAUGAUUUUGCAGCAACAUACAUGUGUCAGUCCCUACCUUUUGGGGGUGUAAAACAUAGCGGGUUUGGAAGAUUUGGUGGUGUAGAAGGUUUGCGAGCUUGCUGUCUUGUUAAAGCAGUAGUUGAAGAUCGAUGGUGGCCAUUUGUCAAAACCAAGAUACCGAAGCCUAUUCAGUAUCCUGUUGCAGAGAAUGGAUUUGAAUUUCAGGAGUCACUUGUUGAAGCACUCUAUGCGCUCAACAUGUGGGAACGUUUGCGAGCAUUAGUAAACGUUUUAAAAAUGCUUACUGAGCAGAACCCUGCUGGUAGGGGCAGUAAGAGAAGAAAUGACUAAUGGUCAAGUCAGGUGAACAUAAUGGUUAAUAUUAUCAUAUUCAAAUUAUUAGGGACUUCUGGUUGCCAUAUUUACCUCCAGCUGCAAAUUUUUAUGACCUAUGCUCUACCAUUU